UCGUAACGAGUUUCCGUCCUGUUCCGAGAGCGCCCAUGAUCGAGUUCCGAGAUCAACUCGUGAAUUUUUUCGUGACAUCUUUUAACAAUCCUUUUCAUCCCCAUAAACAAGUAAACCGUGCUCUCGCGCAGUUAAUUUCGGAGUGAUAACCCAGUGCAUCAGCAUCAGAAUGUAACUGUGUCUCUUUUCAUACCAGUUUUUUUUGUCCCAACCUCGUACCCUUUCUCUCCGUGCGAAGUUGUUUGGAGUGUGAAAUCUCCCGAGGUUCUGUAACCAUGCCGCUAUUUUAAUAUUAUCGACGUUUCUGUGAUCGUUUUCUAAAUUAUAUGUGCUUUCCAAUUUGUUUCUAAAAUGGAGGAUUUACAUCUCAUCAAAUCCGGGACGAGCGUAGACAUAAGAAGAACAGAUGGACGUGUCCACUCGGCGAUCGUGUCCGGCGUGAACCCCGAUACACGCUCCGUCACAGUCGAAUGGUUCGAAAAAGGCGAGACUAAAGGCAAAGAGAUCGAGGUGGAAACUAUCUUAGCACUCAAUGGACACCUCGCCGCUCCCAAUAACAUUAACAAUUUCAACGUGCCAAAUAACAAAGUUCCCAGGUAUUCUACCAACAAAGCCACUCCAGCGCCAGUAGUCUCCAAUAAAGGAUCGUAUCGUUCGACGAAACUGCAAAGUCGUCCGACUAAUAUCAUCACUAACGGGCACAGCGAGACCCGAGGGACCGAGAACUUGCCAUCCACCCCGACAACCCCCGUCGUACCGAGUCGCGACACGACUAUUUCCUCGCACAUCGCCGGCGCCCAAAAUGUGCGGGGCUCCGUUACGUCCUCGCUCGCUAACGCCACGACUAUCAACGUCCAGCAGCGGCAGCAGCAGCAGAAACAGCAGCAGCAGCAGCAACAAGAGCUGCAGCAGCAAGACUCCCAAGGUGCAGGUGGUAAGAAUAGAAGGAGUCAUGUGGUCAAAGAGGUUGAAAAACUCAAGAAAAACCGUGAGGAAAGACGGCAGCGACAAGCGGAAUUACGAGAGGAGAAAGAAGCUUUAAUCAACAUGGAUCCAGGGCAACAAAACUGGGAGUUCCUCGGCAUGAUAAGAGAUUAUCGGUCGCAAAUCAAUUUUAGGCCAUUGCGUGAUGCUGAGCCGGUGGAAAAUCAUCAGAUUUCAGUAUGUGUUAGGAAACGUCCAUUGAAUAAAAAAGAACUUGCCAGGAAAGAAGUGGAUGUGAUAACAGUGCCUACGAAAGAUCAGAUUGUCGUCCAUGAGCCCAAGAACAAAGUUGAUCUAACAAAAUAUCUCGAAAACCAACUGUUCCGUUUUGAUUACGCAUUUGACGAUUCUUGUGAUAAUGAUCUUGUUUAUAAAUUUACUGCAAAACCGCUAGUCGAAACUAUCUUCGAAGGUGGUAUGGCCACUUGUUUUGCAUAUGGUCAGACUGGAAGUGGGAAAACCCAUACCAUGGGAGGUGAUUUUCAAGGUAAAACGCAAGAUUGUAAAAAAGGUAUUUAUGCCAUGGCUGCGAAGGACGUUUUCAAAUGGCUACGCUCACCCAAGUACAAGCCUUUGAACUUGAUUGUUUCGGCUAGUUUUUUUGAAAUUUACAGUGGGAAGGUUUUCGAUUUGUUAGCAGAUAAGGCAAAAUUACGGGUUUUAGAAGAUGGGAAGCAGCAGGUACAAAUCGUCGGUCUAACUGAAAGAAUUGUAGAGAAUGUAGAUGAUGUGCUCAAAUUAAUUCAGCACGGAAACAGUGCUAGAACCUCUGGUCAAACAUCAGCUAAUAGUAAUUCAUCAAGAUCACACGCUGUUUUUCAAAUUAUCGUCCGGAACCCCGGUGUCAGUCGUAUACAUGGCAAAUUUUCACUAAUUGAUUUAGCUGGUAAUGAGCGAGGUGCGGACACUUCCUCAGCCAACAGGCAAACAAGAAUGGAAGGAGCCGAAAUUAACAAGUCCUUAUUAGCAUUAAAAGAGUGUAUACGAGCUUUAGGUAGGAAAGGAGCCCAUCUCCCUUUCAGGGCUAGCAAGCUUACGCAAGUUCUUAAAGACUCUUUCAUUGGAGAGAAAUCUAAAACAUGCAUGAUUGCAAUGAUCAGCCCUGGAAUGAGUUCUUGUGAACACUCAUUGAACACUCUAAGGUACGCUGACCGCGUGAAAGAACUUGCGGCCACUGAUCCAGCAGCAGACAAAAAUUCAUCACCAACUCUUGAUUUGUCCCCGCAGAGGAACAACGUCUCGAAUCAUCACGAUAAUAGCGCAAUGAUAGAAAAUGGAGAUCUUGCAGCCCUCCGAUCACUAAAUGAAGGGGAGAUCUCAGCCGAACUGUACACUUUCCAUGAAGCAGUUUCGCAGCUCCAACUCCAAGAGGACGAGAUGCUGGACAUGCACAAAGCUCUAUUAGAACAGUCAAAGAAUUGGCAACAGCGGGACAUUGCGCUCUUCUCCAUGACGCGCGACGUCGACUACGACCAAGACGCGUUCUCGAAAGAGCUCCAAGACUUGGUGGUGGAAAAACGUAAUUUUCUGGAUGAAUUCUACAGUAAAAUAGUCGCUUUCCGGCAACAACUUAUUGAAGAGGAAAAAAUUAGUAAGAACAUGAGUAGCAACACUCCGCACCGAUUUUAUAAUUAACAGUCAUUACAUUCCUCGUCUUUUAUAUUUGUUUGAUAUUAUGUACAUGAUAAGUAUUUCCCCCUUUUUUAAACACUUUCAGUUUUAUGAGAAAAAAAAAAAUGUCUAGUUUCAAUCAUGUGCUUCUUGCCAUUUAUUUAUUAUGUGUAGCCGUAUUCUCAACAGAAAUCUCUUUUACCUGCAUCAUCUUGAAUCAUUAAGUGCACACCUGAUUGGUAAAAUCAUCGUAACCUGAGUUGUUGCGUGUUGAGCAAAGAGCUUUCUUCGGAAACACUUAGUUUCUCAAAAACUUGUUGAUUGUUGUCAUUGUCGAUGCACAUGAGACUAGCUGGUGUCCAAAUUUUUUUCUUUUUUUUCCACUUUUUAUACCGUACUUGUAAUAUUAUUUUAGUCACUUAGACCUUUUUAAUUUGGAAUUUUAUUUGCUGAAAGUAUUCUUCAAUUAUGCUGCUCUCAUUUUUAUGAUCAAGAAAGUUCGGUGUUUUAAAUUGAAUGAAACUUAGUUAUCAAAAAUAGCAAGCAUAUAGCAAGGAUAAUUUAUGUCGCAAUUAUUUUUAAUACAUGAGUGGCUGCAAUUUGAACUAUUUUUUUUAAAAAUAAGAUUUAUUCCAUUAUUUAAGUACUUUAUCUUUUAAGAACAAUAAUGAAAUAAAUACUAUUUUUUUAAAAGUAGGACACUCUUUGGCUACUCAUGUAUUGUAAAAAUAAUAUCAUGAAAAAUUAUCUUAAAUUGUGAUUUUAAUCAAAUUUUUUUAAGAUUUUUCUCUAGCAUUUGAUGAUCAACGUAUAAUUGGAACUGUUUUUCAAACCGUUGUAAACAUUCCAAUCAAAAUCAAAACGUGAAUGUGAUAGUUUUCUAAUUAAUUUCACUAAAUUCAAUGUUUCUAGUUAUCUCAAGACAGAAAAAAAAUUAUAAUAAUUAAAGAAUUGUUUUCAAUCAUCUUUUUAUCUUAAAUGAGAAGGGCAAUAUUCACAAGAAACAAGAACUUCAGGAUGUAGUUAAAAGUUUAAAUUUCAUGAUUUAACAGUCUUGUUCUACAUCCACUUUGCAAUUGAACCGAUACUUAUUUUAGGGCCCAAGCCUCGAAAUUAAAGUUUUGGAAAAGAAAAACCGUACCAAUUGACGUGCGAUAAUCUUUUGAGCUUCAAAAAUGUUUGUAUCUGAAGAAUUUCUUCUGCAACUGUUCUUUAAAGGUUGUUUGUACGCCAAACGGCACACUUUUUUCCGUUUUUUCUCAAGACUUGGAUUUCGGUACUUGGGUUCCCGAGAAGAAAAUUGGUUUGAUUGGUUCCAUGCAGAAAGUUUUCUCCUUUUUAUUUUUAUGAUCAGUCACCUUUGUAGUCAAUUCUGUUAAAAGUCGAGAAUUCUCAAGAAACUUAAUCCAUAUAAUCAGAUGAAUUUUGAACCACGAUUCUCUCUAAUCACUAACAAAUUAUAGUGGUUCAUUAUUAAGGUGUGAGCAUUUAGUUUCUGAUAAAAAAUGGGCACAUUUGUUUAGUCUGAGCAUUAUCCUGUUGUUCUGAGCUAGGCUAAUAGUUAGUCACCCAUUUUAGUUGAUUUUUUUUUUCUCUUUCUGCUGGUCCAUUUUGAAAAGCAGAUCAGAAAUACUAUGCAUCAGUGCUCUGUGGCAAUAAUGUGGCUCCUGAUAAUAAUUCCUAGCUAAUUUUUUGCUCUGUUAUUGACGUAAAAACUGUUAUCUGCCUUAAAAACGUUUUAAUUUAGUCUGAAUGCCUUUGGGUGGUCACUGGAUUUAAUUUCAAAAGACUGAAUCACUUAACUUGUAGAAAUGUUGCCGUCUUUAACGAGGUCGUAAUUGUGAAAAUUAAAUCAAUGAAUGAUGAAAUAAAAAUUAAUAAUCAAUUAAUUUGGCAUGAGUGUUUUUUCGGAGAAUUGUUGUUGUGUGCAGCAGGGUGGUAAAAGCUGAUAAGUCCUUGUUGCCAUAAAGAGGGGAGCCUCUCCAAUUUUUGUUAGUAUUAAACCAGCAGUACUCGAAGGAAUUCAAAAUGCUCCAGCAUUUUAGCAGGAAUUGAUUCUAUCAAAGUGCAGGACUGUCUGGAACUUGUAAAAUGUGAAAAAUUCCCUUAUAAAGUGCUGAAGAGCGAGGGAAUUUUAAAUAUUUGUAGAAAAUUCGCCAAGGAAAUAAUAAAUUGCUGUUAUAAAUGUUGGAUAUGAAUUAUAAAAACGUAUUAAUGAUGGUGAUAAAAUUUCGUAAUUGUUGUUUUAAAUUCUGUCGUUACGAUUUUUAUUGUCAGUUUUCUCUCUGCGAUGUCCAGAAAAAAUGCUCAAGGAGCAAGGUGCAAGUAAGGAAUUUUCUUUUAAUUCUAACAUUUUUCCUAGGAACUCCUAAAAUUCAUCACUAGACUGUGGUUUAAGUGUAUUGCUGAAUGAUGAUGAUUCGGUAAGGUUUAUUUAUUCCUCUCUCUUGAGACCAUGGCGUGCCUUAAACGUUUUUGGCCUGCAAAUACUCAAAGUUGGCUUUGUUGACUGGACUCGUUUUAUGUUGCGGGUUUGUGUCACAGGUUGUAAAUCAGUCAAAGAGCUGAAUAAGUAGAAAUUCGCAGUUUCUUAGAGGAAGACAAGAAGAGAAAACAAAACUCGGAGAAAAAUUGCUCCCUAAUUUUGUUGUCAGAGGUUAAUAUUGCAAAUGAAAAUAUAGUGUAAACGAAAAGAGGCAAUCGUCAAUCCUAGUAGUUAAGUCGUGACUCCGGAAAUCUACCCUAAAGAACAAAUGACAUCAGUGUCAGAUAGAACCAUCCUGAAUUCCAACAGCUAUCUUUUGAAAGCAAAGUUUCUCAUCCAGCUCUAGGUUUUGAUGUGAGUUCGAUUGAUGAAAUUCUACUGAUAUCAAAUGGAGUUUCCGUUUCUCUUAGAGUUACCCUAGCCUACUAGAGGUGAUCCUCAUGUUGCUGUUCAUGCAUAGAGAUAACUUCAUCCUCUCCCAUAGCCUACUUUUCUCAGCCCAAAAAUUAUUCUUCAGUUGUUAAGAAGAAAUUUGAAGCAUUAUGAAAUGGCAUUAGAGUACUCAGCAAUUUUGAAUGAGACCAGAAUCAUGACUCUACUUAAUUUUUCAUAGCAAUCUUACCCUGUUUGAAGUACGAUUGGUCAAUUUUUUCCUGAGCCGAGGAACAUCAAUACAAAAUCAUUUGAGACUACAUCUCCCUCCUCAUCAUGUUAUUCCUCUAACGUAAGGGCAUAUCUCCAAAGCUCUGUUGUCUAUGUAACACUAUGCUUUCUAAGGCUCGCAUGGAAAUAGAGAUAUGCCUUUACAUCAGAGGACCGAUGAUAAGUAGUUCUGCUGUGCGGAGGGAGAAUCCUAUGCAUCGCUAAAUUUCUUUUGAUAAAAAGUAAGUUUUCUGCAAAGCUCAAGCUCAAAGCUCUUGCUUUUUGAUGCAUUGUAAGUGAAAAUUUUAAGGGAAAGUGUUUUAUUCUCUCAAAAAGGAAAUGCUCUAUCCAAUGACAUGUGGCAAAAUUUGAAUGUUCAUAUGGUAUUCUUUCUCAGCACAGCAGAGCAGUGUAGUGGGGUGCAGGCUUCCAUUAAACUCUGAAAAAGAAAAAUAUAUUAAAGCUACCCGAUAUUACUUCAACAGCAUCCAGCAGGUCAUAUGAAGGGAAGAGAGCCAAAAGGGAUUAUUAGCAUUGCAACAUUGUUUAGUUUAUUCCCUUGACGUUUAACCCAUUUACCCUUGAAUGGUUGUAAAUUUUCUAUUGAAAUUCUCUGUGUGAUCACACAAAAUACUACAAUACUCCAUGUAAAAAAUGCUCUUUUUUUAACAAAUUAAACAAUAAUUCUAAGUCCUUUUGGCUCUGAACCCCUUACAUGACUGAGCAUUCAGUGCACUAGAUAAGUAACUUUCUCAGAGAACGUCUUCUGUGGUGUUCUUGAAUCUGCACCGGAUGAAAUUGAUCUCCAGUACUUCAUUUCUUGACCUCAGCUGUUAUCUUACCCCCUGACUAAUACUCACAGUUACUUGUAUAAAAUGCAUCCUAGUUCUCUGUACAUUGUUCGUAUCAUUAAUUAGGCCUACAGUCAAACAGUAAUAUGUAUUGCUUGUCAACUACUUGUGUUAUUCUUUCAUAUUAGCUGUUUGAAGUUGAAAGAUAGUCCAUUUACUAAUUAUAGCAGGUAUAUAUCCAUCGUUUUAAACAAUUUUAUUUUUUCUGAUCCUAAUGUACCAUAACUCUGUAUUAAAUAAUUAUAUUAUUUUUUUGAAUGAGAAUCAAA